UUUCUGUCCUGCGCGCGCAGAUUCGCGCAGACCAGGAAGUGGAUCCAGUGGAAUGACGGUCACGCCGCGGCGGUCAAGAGCUGUGUGUUUACACUUCUGCAUUUUAUAAAUGUUCCUGUGAUUUUCUUGUAAGGAAGAAUUCGAUGUUGGGAGUCAAUUUCAUCAGAACCUUUCAAAAGAAUUUUCUUUAACCCAGGAUUGACUUCUAAAGACUCUUGGUCCGUGAGGAAGAAACCUGGAAGAGGAAGAGGAAAGCAAAGGAGUCAGGGAUGGCUCUUCCUCAGGGUCUGUUGACAUUCAGGGACGUGGCCAUAGAAUUCUCUCAGGAGGAGUGGAAAUGCCUGGACCCUGCUCAGAGGACUCUAUACAGGGACGUGAUGCUGGAGAAUUAUAGGAACCUUGUCUCCCUGGAGUUUCGGUCUGUCACCCAGGCUAAAGUGCAGUGGUGUCACCUCAGCUCACUGCAACCUCCACUUCCCAGGUUCAAGCAAUUCUCCUGCCUCAGCCUUCCAAGUAGCUGGGACUACAGAUAUCUCUUCCAAAUGCAUGAUGAAGAUAUUCUCAACAGGGCAAGGCAAUACAGAAGUGUUCCACACAGGGACAUUGCAAAGGCAAGCAAAUCAUCAUGUUGGAGAUUUUUGCUUCCAGAAAAUUGAGAACGACAUUCAUGGCUUCGAGUUUCAGUGGAAAGAUGAAAGAAAUGGCAAUGCAGCAACCAUGAUGGAAAUCAAAGAGUUGACUGGUAAUACAGACCGACAUGAUCAAAGACAUCCUGGAAACAAGCCUAUUAAAGAUCAGCUUGGAUCAAGCUUUCAUUCACAUUUGCCUGAGCUCCACAUAUUUCAGCCUGAAGGGAAAAUUGGUAAUCAAGUUGAGAAGUCUAUGAACAAUGCUUCCUCAGUUUCAGCAUCCCAAAGAAUUGGUUGUAGACCCAAAACCCGUAUUUCUAAUAAGUAUGGAAAUAAUUCCCUCCAUUCUUCAUUACUCACACAAAAACAGAAUGUACACAUGAGAGAAAAAUCUUUCCAAUAUAUUGAGAAUGGCAAAUCCUUUAAUUGUAGUUCACUCUUAAAAAAACAUCAGAUAAUUCACUUAAAAGAGAAACAAUGUAAAUGUGAUGUAUGUGGCAAGGUCUUUAAUCAGAAGCGAUACCUUGCAUGCCAUCGUAGAUGUCACACUGAUGAAAAACCUUACAAGUGUAAUGAGUGUGGCAAGACCUUUGGUCGCAAUACAUCCCUCUUCAUUCACAAGGCACUUCAUACUGGAGAAAAACCUCACGAAUGUAAAGAAUGUGACAAAGUUUUCAGUUGCAAAUCACACCUUGAAACACAUAAGAUAAUUUGUACUGGGGAGAAACCAUACAAAUGUAAGGUUUGUGACAAAGCUUUUGCAUGUAAUUCAUACCUAGCAAAACAUACUAUAAUUCACACUGGAGAGAAACCUUACAAGUGUAAUGAAUGUGGCAAGGUUUUUAAUCGACUGUCAACCCUUGCACGCCAUCGUAGACUUCAUACUGGAGAGAAACCUUAUGAAUGUGAAGAAUGUGACAAAGUUUUCAGUCGCAAAUCACACCUUGAAAGACAUAAGAGGAUUCAUACUGGAGAGAAACCAUACAAAUGUAAGGUUUGUGACAAGGCUUUUGCAUAUAAUUCAUACCUGGCAAAACAUAGUAUAAUUCACACUGGAGAGAAACCUUAUAAGUGUAAUGAGUGUGGCAAGGUUUUUAAUCAACAGUCAACUCUUGCACGCCAUCAUAGACUUCAUACUGCAGAGAAACCAUACAAAUGUGAAGAAUGUGACAAAGUUUUCAGGUGCAAAUCACACCUUGAAAGACAUAGGAGGAUUCAUACCGGAGAGAAACCAUACAAAUGUAAGGUUUGUGACAAGGCUUUCCGGAGUGAUUCAUGCCUUACAGAACAUCAGAGAGUUCAUACUGGAGAGAAACCUUACACAUGUAAUGAAUGUGGCAAGGUUUUUAGUACAAAAGCAAACCUUGCAUGUCAUCAAAAACUUCAUACUGCAGAGAAACCAUACAAAUGUGAAGAAUGUGAGAAAGUUUUCAGUCGCAAAUCACACAUGGAAAGACAUAGGAGGAUUCAUACUGGAGAGAAACCAUACAAAUGUAAGGUUUGUGACAAGGCUUUCCAGAGGGAUUCACACCUGGCACAACACCAGAGAGUUCAUACUGGAGAGAAACCUUACAAGUGUAAUGAGUGUGGCAAGACCUUCCGUCAGACAUCAUCACUUAUAAUCCAUCGUAGGCUUCAUACUGGAGAGAAACCUUACAAGUGUAAUGAGUGUGGCAAGACCUUCAGUCAGAUGUCAUCCCUUGUAUACCAUCAUAGGCUUCAUAGUGGAGAGAAACCUUACAAGUGUAAUGAAUGUGGCAAGGUUUUUAAUCAACAAGCACACCUUGCACAGCAUCAGAGAGUUCAUACUGGAGAGAAACCUUACAAGUGUAAUGAGUGUGGCAAGACCUUCAGUCAGAUGUCAAACCUUGUAUACCAUCAUAGACUUCAUAGUGGAGAGAAACCUUAAAAGUGUAAUGAGUGUGGCAACACCUUCCAUCACAAUUCAACCCUUGUAAGUCAUAAAGCCAUUCAUACUGGAGAGAAACCUUACAAGUGUAAUGAAUGUGGCAUUGUUUUUAAUCAACAAUCACACCUUACAAGUCAUCAUAGUCUUCAUACUGCAGAGAAAUCUUACAAAUGUGAAGACUGACAAAGUUGUCAGUCACAAAUCACAGCUUGAAAGACAGGAGAAUUCAUACUGGAGAAAAACCAUGCAAAUGUAAGGUUUGUAACCAGGCUUUUGGAAGUGAUUCACACCUGGCAAGACAUACUAGAAUUCACACUGGAGAGAAACCUUACAAGUGUAAUGAGUGUGGCAAAGCCUUUAGUGGGCAGUCACCACUUAUUCACCAUCAAGCAAUCCAUAGUGUAGGGAAACCUGACUAAUGUAAUGAUUGUCACAAAGUUUUCAGUAAUGCUACAAACAUUGCAAAUCAUUGGAGAAUCCAUAAUGAAGAGACAUCUUACAAGUGUAAAAAAUGUGGCAAAUUUUUCAGAUAUUGUUCAUAUCUUGCUGUUCAUCGUCGAACUCAUGCUGGAGAGAAACCUUAUAAAUGUCAUGAUUGUGGCAAGGUCUUCAGUCAAGCUUCAUCCUUUGCAAAACACAGGAGAAUUCAUACAGGAGAGAAACCUCACAAGUGUGAUGAUUGUGGCAAAGCCUUUACUUCACACUCACACCUCAAUAGGCAUCAGAGAAUCCGCCAUGCUGGACAGAAAUCUUACAAAUUUCAUCAGUGUGACAAGGUCUUCAGUCUGAGGUCACUCCUUGCAGAACAUCAGAAAAUUCCUUUUGGAGAAAAUUGUUUCAAAUGCCAUUAGUAUAGCAAGCCAUCAAGCAUUAAUUGACAUUACAGUCAAAUGAGCACUGACCUGAGUUUGAGUUGACUUAACAUUGAGUUCAAGCAUUAAUUGACAUUAAACUGUUUAUGUUAAGAGGAUUGGGCUGGGUGCUGUGGCUCACACCUGUAAUGCCAGCACUUUGAGAGGCCAAGACUGGUAGGUCACUGGAGAUUAAGAGUUUGAGAACAGCCUGGCCAACAGAUGGGAGCCACUUUUCCCAGCCUGUGUUUUCAUUUCUAUUCUUUCUUUUUUUUUUUUUUUUUUUUUUGGUUUUUGAGAUGGAGUCUCUUGCUCUGUCAUCCAGGUUGGAGUUCAGUGGCAUCAUCUCGGCUCACUGCAACCUCUGCCUCCCAGGUUCAAGCAAUUCUUCUGCCUCAGUCUCCCAAGUAGCUGGGACUACAGGUGUGUGCCACCACGCCUGGGUAAUUUUUUGUAUUUUUAGUAGAGACUGGGUUUCACCAUGUUAGCCUGGAUGGUCUCGAUUUUCUGACCUUAUGAUUCACCCGCCUCCACCUCCUGAAGUGCUAAGAUUAUGGGCAUGAGCCACCGCGACUGGCCUGUUUUUUGUUUCUUUAACAAAAAGUUAUGGGGAUUCCUAUGAGUAUUGUGUUGAAUCUAAAUCACAUUGGGUUAUAUAAUCAUUGAGCAAUGCUAAUUUUUCCAAUCAAUGUGGAUUGUAUAUGUAUUUAUACAUGUUUUUAAUCAUUUUGAUCAAUGUUUAUAGAUUUCAAGGUACAAACUUCUCACCUUUAUAUGUUUCUUCCUAAAUAUUUCUUACUUUAAGCUCUUUAGCAAAUGGAAGUGGUUUUUAAUUUUCUUUUAAAAUUAUUUAUUGUUAAUAUAUGGAAAUUCAACUAAUUUUUGGUGCUGUUAUUCUUUUCUGCAAAUACACUGAAUAUGUUUAUUCCAGUUGUAUUUUGGUUGACUCUGAUUUUCUUCACAGAAGAUCAUGUCAUCUACAAACAAAUAAAAUUUGACUUCUUUCUUUCUGA